UUUCCAACAGAUGGCGUAGUUCUCCUUGACGAGGAUUAUGUGCGCGGGCGCAAGGUGUACGGGCAAGUGGUGUGUACGUUCCGCUACGGUCGCGAGGAAGAUGAGGUCAUGGGCCUCAACUUCUACAAGGAGCUUUUCUUGGCUUCGGAGCAAAUCUAUCCACCGCCAGAGAAGAGGAACUAUGAGCUGUCGAAGACCCAGGAGCGUCUUAUCAAGAAGUUAGGCGCACAGGCCUAUCCUUUCCACUUCAAGAUCCCAGCUGGAGCGCCAGGGUCCGUGACUCUGCAGGCAGAAUUGGAGGAUGAAGGCGAACCUUGCGGUGUCCAUUAUUAUGUGAAGAUUUUCGUUGGAGACUCUGAGAUUGAUAGAUCCCAUCGCAGGAGCACGGUGGCUUUGGGAAUCCGCAAAGUUCAAUACGCCCCAUCGAAGCCGGGUCCUCAGCCCUGCACCGUGGUGCGCAAGGAUUUUGUUCUAUCACCGGGACAACUCGAGCUGGAGCUCACUCUUGAUAAACAACUCUACAUGCAUGGAGAAACAGUGGCCGUGAACAUUUGCAUCCGCAACCAUAGUAACAAGGUGGUGAAGAAGAUCAAGGCUUCCAUCCAGCAGGGAGUCGACGUGGUGCUCUUCCAGCAAGGGCAGUACAGCAAUACCGUCGCCAGUGUUGAGACUCAGGAUGGAUGCCCUCUUCAACCUGGCUCCAGCAUGCAGAAGAUCUUAUACCUGACUCCUUCUCUGCAGUCGAACCGCGACAAGCGCGGCAUAGCCCUGGAUGGUCAGCUGAAACGAAAUGAGUCAACCCUCGCUUCUACCACCCUGUUAUUGGAUCCGGAGCAACGGGACGCAUUCGGCAUUGUCGUUAGCUACAGCGUCAAAGUGAAGCUUUAUCUCGGAGCCCUUAGCGGAGAGCUGGUGGCUGAACUGCCCUUCAUCUUUAUGCAUCCUAAGGGGGAACGUGCGAAAAUGCUGCACGCCGACAGCCAGGUUGACGUGGAGAUGUUCAGGCAGGACACCGUUCAUCAUCAGGAAAGCAUUGAAGUCUACUAAACAACCUGAUCUUAGAAAAUGACCAAUAUAUUUACGUAUUAACGUUUGUCGAAUCAUCUCGCUAACGUAGUUUUAUUUUAAAUAUACUCAAUAACUCGAUUUAGAGAUUUCGUAUACACAGCAAUGUUUAAAUUUGUAAUGUACCUUAUUCCUGUUUCUCGCGUCUUGAAUAAAAUUAU